CCCAUUGCGCUACUCCUGUAGGCUGUAGUCUUGCUUCGCAAGCAUUGUCGCGGACCCGCUUUGUCUAAACGCAAGAGGAGAAUCCACAGCUUUCCCAAACCCAGAGACCUCCCCUAACGGUCGACUUUUGAGCUUUAUCUUCCUCUACGAGCCCAUGACUUUCACACGCAUUUUGUCCAAUUACAGGGCCUAAAAAGCUUUAAUGAAUCAAGUUCCUCAUUGGCUUUCACCAAGAAGCUGCGCAGAGAAAUGAUCCUGCCAGCCGUAAAGUUGGGAACCCUUGCUCUCAAAACCCUCUGUAAACCCAUUGCCAAUCGACUUAAGAAGGAGGCCAGCUUGCACCCCAAGUUCAGGCAGUUCAUUAUUAACAUUGCCCAGGCAAAUCAUCGAUUUACAACAAAAACACAAAGACGUAUUUAUGGUCACACAAUUGAUGCUGAAAUACGCCCACUUAAUGAGGAGAAAGCUGUUAAAGCUGCUGCAGAUCUUCUCGGGGAGCUCUUUGUCUUCACGGUAACUGUUCACUAUCUGAUUACUCCUGCUUUUCCAUAUCAUUUUUGCACGCAAUUAGAGAUGAAACUUCUAUUUUUAUACACAGAAGGGUGUUCGUUUAGCAGUAAAGCUGAUUCUCAUGAUGUUUCAUGAAUGUAAGCUCAUUAGUUUGAGUCUCCUUGAGCAACGAUGACCUAUUGUAAUGACCCAAGAAAAGCCCAAGUCACAUCUAGACCAUACUCUAUAAGGACUAGUCAAUGGUACAAUAAGAGCCCCUUGGAAUUGUUAUAAAAAGCAAAAACUUCUACCUCUCAAGCAAUAUGGGAUCCCAUUCACCAUGCAUGACCUAGUACUAUGUAUCACAAUCUCUCCUCCUUUAAAUUCCCAACGUCUUCGUCUGACCAUUCCAUCAUAGGUGGCAGGCUCAAUUCACACACUUCUAGUUGAGAUUGACUCUGAUACCAUUUGUAACGAAGUAAGGAAGGCCCAAGUCACAUUUGGAUCAUACUCCAAAAGGACUAGUCAAUAGUAUAAUUGGAACCCCUUGGAAUCAUUAGAAAGAGCAAGAAUUUCUCCCUUCCAAGCAAUGUGAGAUCCCAAUGACUUCUAAAUGAGUAUGGUGUAUCACAACUACGAAUUCAUUAUUGUCUCCCAUCGACUUCUUAUCAUUGUGACUUUAGUGGGGUGGAUAUGGCUUGACCCGACUUGACAAAGAAUUCCCUGUCAUAGGCUAGUCUAAUCUCCUACCAAGUAUUAUGUAGAUAGGAUUCCACUGUAAUCACUUUUGAUAUAGUACUAACCUUGGUCAGUUGCUACUACCAUGUUUAUUUAUAAAAAAAAGGCUUAAUACUUCCAUAGAAUAUCAAUUUGUACGUCUACUAUGUAAUGAGUUUGAUUAAAGCUACUUAUAAAAAAAAUGAGUUUGAUUAAAGUUAUCAAGAGUAAAACCAGCAUGAUAUCUAACUAAGAAAUAUAUUAAAAUAUUAGAAGUCCUAAAAGAAUCAAGUUCAAUUCACUACAAUAGAUAAGUAGUUAGAAACAGACCUUAUAAAUCAUGAGGGGGAAACCCUAAACUACCAUACAUUCAGCAUGAAUAAGCAAGUUGAUAGAUAUCAUUAACAUGCAGUUUCUUUUUUCAAAAAAAUUAAACAAUCAGGUUGAG